AUGCUGUCCCAGCGGAAAGGAGAACCACAUGACCCAAACUCGUACCGGGGAAUCGUACUAGAGAACAGCCUCCUCAAAAUACUGACGAGCCUGAUAAAGAUAAGACCAACAGAAGAAAUCGACAACAAGAUCCCAGAGGAACAAUUUGGAUUCAGGAAAGGCCGAAGCACCCUACACGCAGUCAGAAACCUCAUAGACGACCUAGAGGAGAAAAUAAGACUCCCGAAAGGAAAAUUCCACACGGUAUUCGUCGAUUCCACAAAGGCUUUUGACAAUCUCAACAAGACCAUAACAUGUGCCAAACUAGAACAGGUGGUGGAACAAAACAAGGAACUAAGGGUCUUGACACACAGCAUCCUGAGCAAAAACACCAUCAUAAGAUCAGACAACGUGGUGGCGAUGCUGCGGUUCGUCACACUGGUGGCGCUGCUGGCUGUCUCCUCUGCAGUCGACAACCCGACCGUGCAGCUGCCGCUGGGCUCGCUGCGCGGCACGCGGCUCAAGUACGAGGGCAGGGCGUACCACGCCUACCGCGGCGUGCCCUACGCCGAGCCCCCGGAGCGUUUCAAGGAGGCAACGCGGAAGCGUCCCUGGAGCGGAAUGUUGGACGCGACCGAGGACGGGCCGAGCUGCCUGCAGCACGAUGCCUACGCGGACGAGGGGGACGGAGCGGAGUACAUGGGCGACACGGACUGCCUCUUCCUAAACGUGUACACCCCUGCGGUGAAAGGCGAGCGAGGCUUCCCUAUAAUAGUGUACAUACAUGGAGGGGGCUAUUCGAGCGGUCAUGCCGGUUCGGAGUGGGUCGACCCCCAGUACUUCAUGCUCAAGGAUGUGGUCGUCGUGACCGUCGCCUACAGACUGGGCGUCUUUGGAGGGUACGCGCUGCCGGCAGGGUUCCUGUGCACGGGCGACGACCAGACGCUGGCCAACCUGGGGCUGCGCGACCAGGCGCUCGCGCUCCGCUGGGUGCGCGCGCACGGCCCGGCCUUCGGCGGCGCCGCCGACCGCGUCACGCUCAUGGGCCACGACGCAGGCGCCGCCAGUGUCCACCUCCACAUGCUGGCACCAGCCUCCAAGGGUCUGUUCUCGCGCGCCAUCUCCCAGAGUGGCGUGUGGCUGGACUGGUGGCUGGGCGCGCAGCAGCCUCGCCAGGCGGCGGCCACCGUGAGGACGCUGGCGGCGCUGCUGGGCUGCUACUGGGAGCCGCCCUCGCUGAUGCCCUGCCUGCGCAGCAGGCCGAUCCGACAGCUGUUCAACGCGACUGCGCAAUUCCAGUUCUGGUCGAUCGAGCCGCUGUCGCUGUUCCGGCCGUGCGUGGACACGCCGACUGCCUCUCCGUUCCUGCCGGUCGACCCCCUGCAGCUGCUGGAGGACGGCCAGGUGGCCAGCGUGCCGUGGCUGCUCGGCGUCACCUCCGACCAGGGGCUCUUCCGUCUCGCCGAGUGCGUAAGGUGGAAGUCUGCCCUGAAUGCUCAAGUAAAAGUUCACAGGCCAAUAGGCGAUUGA